GAAAUGGUGGAUCGACUCUUCAUGUUCUUCAGUGCCUGGAAGACCUGUAUGGUGACAAAUGGACAUCCUUUAUUGUGCUGCUAAUUCAUUCUGGCGGUUACAGUCAGCGCUUGCCCAAUGCAAGUGCCCUGGGAAAGGCUUUCACAGCUCUGCCGCUGGGUGAUCCCAUGUACCAGAUGCUGGACCUGAAGCUGGCCAUGUACAUCGAUUUCCCCAGCCACAUGAAACCAGGAGUUCUGGUUACGUGUGCGGAUGACAUCGAGCUGUACAGCACUGGGGUUACGGAGACAGUCACGUUUGAUAAGCCUGGGUUCACCGCCUUGGCUCACCCUUCAGACCUGACGGUGGGGACCACUCAUGGAGUGUUUGUUUUGGAUCCAGCCAGUUUUUCAGGAAAGGGAGGACUCGAAUACACGUCCUGCCAUCGUUUCCUGCACAAACCUGCUAUUGAGACCAUGCGGCAGCACGGGGCCAUGUGUAUGAGAGGCAAUGGUUCUCUGCCGACUGCCCCUGGAGACCGUGGUGACUCCGAAAUGGGCUCUGAGUGUGUGUACACGGACAGUAUAUUUUACAUGGACCAUAGCACUGCAAAGAGACUGCUGGCAUUUUAUAAGGAGAUGGGCACUCUUUGCUGUGAAAUAGAUGCUUAUGGUGACUUCCUCCAGGCCCUGGGACCCGGAGCCACGCAAGGCUACACCACAAACACAAGUAGCAUCACAAAAGAGGGAUCACAGUUGGUAGAGGUGCGGCAGAAGCUGUACUCUCUCCUCAAAGGAACUGCACUUAAUGUUGUAGUCUUAAGCAACUCCAAGUUCUACCACCUUGGAACUACUGAGGAGUAUUUGUUUCAUUUUACAUCUGACAGCGAACUGAAGUUUGAACUUGGAUUAUUGCCUGUGGCCUUCAGCAUCUUUUCUGACAGGGCCUUGGCUCAGUCAGCGAGUGUCAUGCACAGUAUACUGGAGCCAGGCUGUCUUGUAGGACCUGGAUCCAUCAUUGAGUACUGCAGGAUUGGACCUGAGGUCUCUGUAGGGGAGGGCAGCAUUAUCAGUGGGUCAGACAUAAAUGGGAAAGUAGAUGUUCCUUCACACUGCUUCCUGAGCUCACUGUGUGUGAAAGCUGACCAUGAGGUGCAGUAUGUGAGCAUGGUGUUUGGUGUGGAAGAUAACUUGAAGAGCAGUGUGAGACUGCUGUCAGACAUCGGUUCACUGCGGUGUUUUGGAGUCAGCUUGCUGGAGUGCCUGGAGAUCUGGGGUGUGGAGGUGUCGGAGCAGCUCUUCUCCAGUGGGAGCACAGGGUUGAGCUUGUGGACUGCGAGGCUUUUCCCUGUCUGCCCCACGCUGGGGGAAUCGGUCAGCAUGUCGCUGCAGAUGGUGCAUUCUGUGCAGCACAUGGCACCCCUCACAUUGCACGGCUUUAGGCGCUUGUCUGUGCAAGAAAUGCUCAGCUGCAAAGAGGUGGAAGGCAUGAUGAAGUUCAGGAAGCAAAUUCAUGAUGAAAUCCAUCUACGAAGGCGAAAAGAGAAGUCUGAUCUGUAG